AUUAAGAGCCUUCGACCCAGAAGGAGAAGCCCUUGUGUCUCAGGGUUUCUUGGCCUUCAGUAGCAACAGCCUUGUCGACCCUACACGGCCGUAUUUAUAGAGCACUGUGGAUGAGUUAUUUGGCUGAGUGCCCACUCUUCGUUCACCAGAUUUACAGGUCCUCACUUUGGGGAGGGCUGCUUGAUUUACGACGCCCCCACCUCCCUCCUCUAGCUCCCACCCUCUUGCCUUCCUUCAGAAAAGAGCAGACAAACCCUUUUGCCUCUGACUUUUGCUCGCAGCACCCCAUCUUGCACUUUUUUUCCCCUGAAAUAUGCUCUUUCAGCUUCUCUGACAAGAGUUUAGAGGAAAAGCUUUGCAGCAGGCAGACGGACUAGCCCCAGCCUGACCUCGCUUUUAGCCUCCUCUGAUUGAUGCAUCAUUGUGACCCGACUUUGACUCAGCUAAAUGAAGUUGUGAGCCAGAUUUAUAUGUUGUGGGGAGGAAAGAAAGACACGAGAGGAGGAGAGAGUGGAGCGCGGCAGAGAGGGGAUUUAGCAGGAAGAAAUGGAGAUAAAGCUACAGUAGUGGUGGUACAGAACUAGAACAGAUGAAGAGGUGGCACUCCGGAGCCGGCAGUCAGCAGCGAGAGCGUGCCUCAUGCUUCCCCAACCUUCAGCUGACAAGGGGGCACAGCUUUCUGCCCUCCCCAUGGAUCUUAACUCCAACCCAGGGGGAGACAGAGAGCGGAUGACGGCCAACCAUGAGACGUACCUUCUUAUGGCCAGCACCCAGAAUGACAUGGAGGAUUGGGUAAAGACAAUCAGGAGAGUCAUCUGGGCACCUUUUGGUGGAGGGAUCUUUGGUCAGAAGUUGGAGGAGACGGUACGCUAUGAACGGCGUUUCGGGAACAAGCUUGCCCCCAUGCUGGUGGAGCAGUGUGUGGAUUUCAUCCGACAGUGGGGUCUUCGGGAAGAGGGCCUGUUCAGGCUGCCAGGACAAGCCAACCUGGUGAAGGAGCUGCAGGAUGCCUUUGACUGUGGAGAGAAACCCUCCUUCGAUGGCAACACGGACGUGCACACGGUGGCCUCCCUGCUGAAGCUCUACCUCCGAGAGCUGCCUGAGCCGGUCAUUCCCUUCUACAAGUACGAGGAGUUUCUGGCCUGCUCCAAACUUAUUGGCAAAGAUGAUGAAAUGGGUGUGAAGCAGUUGAAGACGCUCGUGGAAGGUCUUCCUCCCGUAAAUUACAACCUUCUCAAGUACAUCUCCAGAUUUUUAGAUGAAGUCCAGUCGUACUCAGGAGUGAACAAAAUGAGCGUUCAGAACUUGGCUACAGUCUUUGGACCAAACAUCAUGAGGCCGAAGAUUGAGGAUCCAGUAACAAUUAUGGAAGGAACUGUUCUGGUCCAGCAGCUCAUGGCUGUGAUGAUCGGCCGCCAUGAUGUGCUUUUCCCUCUAAAUGAAGACAGCCAAACACUUGAACUCGUCAACAACAACAUCAUUGAACUCCCUCGGCGACCCGCCGCCACAGCUACCUCCACUGUCCCGUCGGUGUCUCAGAACGCUGAGAACAACAACACUCAGGUGGUGCGGCAGUGCGUUUGGGAAGCUUCUGAAUCCCCCUCGCACCGCCAACACGUAGACAACAGCGGCUCCCCGCGAUCAUCCAGCCCCCGCAACCUCGCCUCCGGACGCUUCGAUGUCGCCCGCAGUCCACCGCUGACUGUGAAGAAGAACCCCGCCUUCAGUAAGGGCAGCGGGAUUGUCACAAACGGCUCUUUCAGCUCCUCACCUUCGUCAGAUCCCACUCUGGAUAAGAGCCAGACGGUGACGGGAGGCGGGAACUUACCUGUGCGGCGAACUGGGACCUUUAAAGGCUCGGGUACAAAAAUGGGAACCAGUGGUGUAACGAGCGGCAGCAGUCCUGCAGGGAACGGGACUGGUGUUGUACGAAUGGGCAUUUCGGGGUCUGAUCUCGUUGGGAGCAUGAACGGUCACAGUGGAAUUUGGAUGCAAAACGGCUGCGUCAUGCUUCGAGACAACGCCAAAACUCGGGACUGUCCUAAUGGGCACCAAGCAUCCAACCAGAAUCGCCUGUCGACGUACGAUAACGUGCAGCUUAACCAACAGAACCUGCAGCAACAGAACCAGAUAAACAGUUUGUGUCUGAACAGCUGUGAGGACAAGCAGAGUGUGGACAGCGCCACCUGGUCCACUUCCUCCUGUGAAAUCUCUCUUCCAGACAAUUCCACUUCCUGUCGCUCCUCCACCACCACCUGUCCGGAGCAAGACUUCUACGGAGGCCACUACGAAGACUUGGACGGACACGACCGGCCGGUAGCGGACAGCGCCGGCUCUGAAGGACUAGAAGGAGGUGGCAGGAACAGUAACAGAGAAGAGAAUGGGACAGGGGGGAGCAGUCGGGACACCAGCAGCAGUGACAACAGUAAGUUUGGAACUGCUGGCAGCCACAGUGCUCUGCACAGUCUAGUGGCCAGCCUGAAACAGGAGAUGCAGAAGCAGAAGACGGAGUACGAGGCCAGGAUUAAGAGCUUGGAGCAGCGAAACCUGGACCUGGAGACGGAGAUGGUCAGCCUCCACGAGGAGCUGGAUCAGGAGAGGAAGAAGUACACCAUGGUGGAGAUAAAGCUGCGCAACGCCGAGCGGGCCAAAGAAGACGCAGAGCGGCGGAACCAGAUGCUGCAGAAGGAGAUGGAACAGUUUUUCUCCACGUUUAGCGACCUGACUGCAGCCGGCAACAGCGCCACAUCCGAGCCCCGCCGGCCAGAACGAAGCAACCCAAUCUGGAUACAGUGAGGGGGACUGUUAAAAACCAGCGUUUGAAGGGACUUGAAACAGGAGAAACACUGAUUAGUUAAAGCAUGUGUUAAUUUAAGUUAACAGAAGGUUAAUGGAUAAUUGAAGACAUCACCUGGAGUGACGUCAGAAUGAUCUGUAUAUAGUCUUAUUUAAAGAGUUUAGAAGAAUCAUAUGGUACUGCUAUAUCAAUUAGCUCAUAAGAGGAAUCAUAUAAAAAAAUAUCAUCUUCAUAUCUAAAGAUGCAGAAAAGAUCACACCAAAUAUCUCAACGGUUUUAGUCAUUAACCAAAAACAUUUCUGGUGUUCAAAGUAAAUCUGUCUGUGCUCGUGUACAUAGAGGGAAACAAUGCCGAACAUGUUUUUAAAGAGAUGCUAACGUUAAAUGUUGAUAUUUAAACAAAGUUAUCCUUGUGCGAUAUUUUAUAUUACGAUGUUUCCUUGCACUUCUGUGUCUGUCAGGUCGGUACUGAGUGUUGUCUGUUGCACCGUUUUGGAAACGUAUGCGGUUUGUGUGCUUCUGUGCUGUUCCAUCCACUUAUGACCAAAAUCAUGGAGCCUCGUUCUGUAAAUAUUUUUGUAGAUAAUGUCAGACGUUUCUCGUGGGACUGCACUGCGGUGUGGCGUUCGGAUGGGUGCGAUUUUAACUGAACAUUUUGUAGCUUUUAAAAGUCUUGCACAGUCAUCGAAAGAAAAAAAUAAAUGUCUUGAACUGAGUAUUUUAAGUAAAUAAUUGUACUUUCACAUUUAAAUAUAUGUAGCCAUCCUAAUGAAUGUUCUUAUAAAUUAUGAAAAAUGGAAACUUUCACGAUUUUCUUUGCUCUAACGUUGCUCAGAAGAAGGUGCUGAGUUAUCUGUGAACUAUUUCGUGCACUGAGGAUCUGGAAGAACCAUGUCACGUGUGCAUCCAUCUGUGGGCAGAUAUAUUGUAUUAAGUGUAUUUAUGUUGCCAUAAACCAAACUUUUUCAUCACAGCUGCGGUGUCAGGAGGUGGUGAUGUGUGCAUGUGCUCGGACUUACUGCUUCCUGUUUGAAGGCUGGUCAAUGCAGAGCAUCCUGAAUGUGUGCAAAAAAAAAGUGCCUGGACAACAAAGAAAAAGGAAGUGGGGGGGGUCCUGCUAUUCAUUCUACACCCUUCACCGGCAAAUAAUAGGCUUUAGCCGAGCUGACAGUGUCACUUCGUUCUGUGAUUUCCACACAAAAGAGCAAAAAUCAGACAUGAUGACAGAUUUUCAAGAUGUAAUACUUGAUACUCAAAGAAAUCCUUAGACACAUGAAAAUAUGAAUAAAGAUGUGUUUUCAUGUGACGUCUUCUUCCUUUA